AUGGCACUGCGGUUUGAGGCAUCUUGCCCAGAGGGGAUCUGUCCAGGCUGGAGUGUGACAGUGAAAGGUGAAACAACCUCCAGCACCAGCAUGUUUGAAAUUAAUUUCCUCUGUGAUCCAGGGGACCGUAUCGCUUUCCACUUGAAUCCCCGCUUCGCCGACUCCAAGAUCUUCUGCAACUCCUUCCUAGCCAGCCACUGGGGGCAGGAAGAAGUGACAGAUACCUUCCCCCUAGCAGCAAAACAGCCAUUCCAGAUUGAAAUCUACUCUGACCAAGACUACUUCCAUGUUUUCAUUGAUGAAAACAAGAUCCUCCAGUUCAAGCAUCGGCAGAAACAGCUCUCGUCUAUCACCAAGCUGCAGAUUCUCAAUGACAUAACAAUUUCUGCAGUGGAAAUCACCAAACGAGCCCUUUAUUAGAGACCAAAGCUAGGACAGGCUCACCUAUCUGCUCACUGUUAAGUGCUCUGCUGUACUAGAUAGCCUCUCCCCUUCCUCUUCCCCGCAUCAUCUGCCCUCACCAGGAGGAUGGACGCUGCUGAAUGACACUUUGGCACAGAAUUAUAAGUCAAUGCAAUCUCACAGUGCACUGCAUUAUAGCAAUACAGAGGCAGUUCAGAGCCAGCUCAUUAACUCCAGGCAGGCCAGAUUACACGAGUCCUUCUGAUGCGAUGUGCUCUAGGAUGAGACACUGGAAUUCAACUCGUUUCAUCUUUGCUUGUUGUAAUUAAUAGUGGUGUUGUCUGGAAUCCCACCUCACAGCCUGAGAGAGCGUUCCCACCCAUAGAAGCCUGACUGAUGGUAAAAACAAUUCAAAACUUAUCCUGGUGACUAUCCCUGCCCUCUUGGGACAAGGUAUGAAUUAGCUCUAUUUCUCAGAAGGAAUAUGUUGAUUUUCCUAAUAGAUGAGGAUGAUACAUGCAGAAAUGGCCUGUGAGCUUGGUAUGAUGUCAUCAUGAUUGCCAAUAAAAUUACAUGCGUGAGUGCUGGGCAG